AUGGCUAUCGCAAAGUCUACACCCCGUAUCGUGGAACUGGCCACCCAAAUCAGCAAAUCGGUGGCAGACCUACAAGCUGUCCUCGACGCCAAGGGUGUUCCCUCACCGUCUUUCGAUGAGAAUGCUCCGCCAAAGUUGCCCAAGGAGGCCAACGAUGCCCAGGACGCCGUGCUGGACGCGACGGCAGAGUUGCACGACCUCCUCCUGGAGCCAGUCACCUUGGUCCUCAAGAACUCGGCAAACAACAGCAUGGGAAGUCUUGGGUUCAUGUGCCGCUUUGACAUCCCGAACAUGGUGCCCCUCGGAGGGAAACUUUCGUACGCGGAGAUCGCCAAGAAAACCGGCUUCGCCGAGUUCGUCGUCUCGCGCUUCAUGCGCGAUUGUGUGUGCAUGCGCAUCUUCCGCGAAACGGAGCCCGGGGUGAUCGAGCACACCAAGACUUCUAAAGCUCUCCGAGCCCCAUGGUUCCUGGCCUGGCUCAGGGCGGGUGCAGAGGAGGGAUGGGCUACUAUGCUAGGGGUUGUGGACGCCUUGCAGAAAUGGCCGAACGCUUCGGAGUCAGAUCAAACGUCAUUCAACAUCAUGCACAACACUACGGGCUCCUAUUUUGAGAACGUCGCCAAUGACCCCGAGAAGGCAGCGCGAUUUGGGGCCGGAAUGGCGACCCAAUGGGAGUUCCCUGGCUACCAGCUCGAGUACCUGCUGGACGGCUUUGACUGGGCUGCCCUCGGACCGGUAAAGGUUAUUGAUGUCGGCGGCUUCAAGGGCCGCAUCUCCAUCGCACUCGCAGAUCGUUUCCCCAAUCUCAAUAUGCUCGUGCAGGAUAUGGGCAUGAAUGAAAAGGAGGCACAUGCCGCGGUGCCUGAUGAGCUCAAGGAUAGGGUCAACUUCAUGGCCCACGAUGUCUUUGGGACGCAGACCGAGAGCGCGGAUGUUUACUUUAUCCGCCAAGUUCUCCACGAUUGGCCGGACAAAUACGGCAUCAAGCUCUUGAGAUCUCAGAUCCCUAAGCUCAAGAAGGGCGCCAAGAUACUUCUGAACGAGUCACUGCUUCCAGAGACGCCCGGAAGCUCGCUCCCUCUUUGGAAAGAAAGGGACUUGAGGACUAUGGACAUAGGAUUGCUGGCUACUAUGAACGGUCGGGAGAGGACUUUGAAGGAGUGGAAGGCUAUCAUCGCUGAGGCUGAUCCAAGGUUUGUAUUGCAAAAUGUCGUGCAGCCCAAGGAUUCUAUGCUGGCCGUGAUGGAGAUCGUUUGGAAUCCUUGA